AUGAAAUUUCCAGGUGAAACAAAUCAGCAAGGAACCCAAGUGGACCAAACAACGUUUGCAUGUGUCGAGGCAGCACAAACUACCGAACAACAAGCACAAGUUAAUUAUGCAGUUGUACCACAAACGCAAUCACAGCCAAAACAACCGAAGGAGAAGAAAGUUUUCCAAUGUCAAGUUUGUGAAAAGAUUUUUUCACACACUGGUAAGUGUGUUUCGAAGAGUUUGUUCAGACGCUCGGAGAUGGCCAUUGUAUCCAACCUCAUAUUGUUUCUAUAUUUCUGUGUUUUGAUUUCUCAUAACACUUAACCAUUAAUGUAGCUAUAAGGAAAGCUGAAAUACCCUCACCUACGUGCACAUUGUUAUUUUAUAUAUUUAUUAUUUAUUCUGUUUAUUAUUUAUAUUCCCCAGAUUAUUAUUUAUUCUUUAUAGAACCAGCAGAUUUUACUUGUUAAUCCUUUUCCCAGUAAAGUCUUGAACAUGCGGCCUGAAGUCUAAUCUAACUGUCCAGUAUAUUUUGACAUACAUAAAUAUAUUUUGUGUUUUGGGGUUUUUUCCAGACGAAUUUUGUUUUUUUACCAUGAAGGCAUGAACCACAUCACCCUAGGCAAUUGCCUUUCUGUUCUUCACCAAAUGUUAAUAUUGGGUAUACAUAACUCUAGGUUCAUUAAAUCGUCAUGCAAGGACCCAUAUUGAAGGAACAAAAUUUAACUGUCCAGAUUGUCCAAAGACUUUUACUCAACAGGGAAAUUUAAUGAGACACAAGAGGUCCCACACUGGAGACGCUCCUUUUAAAUGCACCGUUUGUGAGAAGACCUUUCGUAGGUGAGUUUAGUCCUUGUGAUAAUGUAUACAGCAAUGUCAUUCAUACAGCACUGAUCAUGGACCUUGUGAAAUAUGUAAUUGUACGAUAAGAUAUGUGUAAAACAAGACACAAGCUCUUAUUUUAAAAACCUGCGGUUUGAUAGGGACACACAUCUACCUGAAAAAUACAAUAUGAACUUUCUUAUUGGCACUGUACCUGCACUGGCACGAAUUGUUCAAGCUUUUAUAUAGUUUAUUAUUAGCAUGACAAAAAUACUGGAUGCUGAUUGGUUGAGAGGAGUACAAUUAUUUCAUUAAUUGUACUGCAGUACAAUUAAUGAUUUUCCCACAACAAACAAAAUGGCGGAAAGGUAUUUUAAACACAAGCGUGAAAUGAAUUUGCCCUAGAGGAACCAGAUGAAAAUACGAACAAAAGCACCAAAUUUUGCUUUAACAAAAGAACUAAAUGAAAAUACGGACAAAAGCACCAAAUUUUGGUUGAAAAUCUGGCAGGACUGGGCUUUGGCGAGAGAAUAUAUGAUGUUAACAUUGAGAGGCUGUAUCCAAUUUUGUCAAGCUAAUAAUAAACAAGUAAUCAUGCGAUGUUGCUCGUACAAUUAGGGAUUAAUAGCAGCAAUUUUGGCAAAAUUUCCAAACAUCACUCGUACUAUUAAUCCCUAAUUGUACUCGCCAUCGCAUGAUUACCUAUACUAAUCAGGACGCUCUAAGUAGUGAGGGUAGUACCCCUUUCCUUAGCCUUUCUGCAGCCCAACCCCCAUGUAUCCCACUGCCGUUGAAAUACCCUGAUUAUUUGAUUUGCAGUAGCAAAGCUAGCCAUGUGGCAACUGAUUAUGCUAUGCUAAUAAACCUACAUCUACUGUGAGCAGGUUAAAGACUAUACAAUUACUUUAUAGUUUCCGUGUUUGGAUGGCCUGAUCCAAACACGCGGGAAUGUUGCCAGAGUUAAGAAAAGCGCGCGAAACACGAGCCGAAGGCGAGUGAUUUUGCGCGCUUUUCUUAACUCGAGCAACAUUCCCGUGUGUUUGGAUCAGGCCAUCCAAACACGGCCAUCUUAACGGCCAUCUUAACUCGAACAACAUUCCCGUGUUAAAAUUUCACUUUAAAAAACUUUCACUUUAAAUUUCCGUGGUUGGAUGGCCUGAUCCAAACACGGGUUUCGACCAAUCAGAGCACGCGUUAUACACAUGUUAUUUUAUAAAAUACAUUUCUAUAUGUUUGAAUACUGCAAAUCAUAAAAACUUGGCAUAGUAUGACCUGUUGCGAUGGUUAGCUUCACCACUGCACAUCUGUAUUGCAUAUCUCAUACUGCCAGUAUCAGAGGCAUGACAGCAUGCUAGUCAAAUUUAAAGUGUGUGAUAUUUUUUUCCAAAGUGGUAUGAAACUGCAUGAGAAAUCUUAUUUGUAUUACAUGUUGGACUUACUCUCGAUUUUAAUUUGCUUUUGAAUCUGACUUUGAAUGUUUGUUUGUAACUUCGGAAUGUUCGUUGCGAAGUUUUGAAAUUCGUUUUGAAGUUCGUUCUGGCGACUUACAAUGAUUCAACAGCAGGCGAUUUGAUUGGCUGGUUGAUUUAAUUAGCCAAUUACAUUUUGCUAAACUUGAUCAUCGGAAAUCAUCGCAACAAACUUCGGAACUUUGCAACGAACAUUCCGAACUUACAAAUAAACAUCGGAAGUCGGAUUUCAAAGUCGAGAGUUAAUGUGUGGUCUCUUUCAGAAUGGAUAUAAUGAAACUUCAUGAGAAAACUCAUCUGGAUGUGAAGCCACAUUGCUGUGAUGUCUGCGACAAGUCCUUUACCCAGCUAACAAACAUGUUGAAUCACAAGAAAACUCAUGAAAAAGAGCCCGAAUUUAAAUGCGAAGCCUGUAAUGCGGGGUUUAGAAAGCAGACAACUCUGAUUAAACAUUUGAAAGUUCACACCGGAAUAAAAGCUUUCGUGUGUGAUGUGUGUGAAAAAUCCUUCGACCUGCCUAGCUCUCUAAAGGUGUGUAUAACAUGCACAACACUUUAGUUCAGUACUGAUAUCAACUUAGUUUAUGUUUGAAUGAACCAAAUCCAAUCCUACAUACUAGGAAAGUGCAAUCGAUUUGCUUUAACAAGGAGAUUCCACCGGCACAGGAACGACUGGCCCUGGGGGGAUGACAGUCUACCAUGAAAUAGCUUUUAAUAUAUUUUGUCUUGCAGGUUUCUUAAAUGUAGCUAAUGCUGUAAGAUUUCGAUUAUCAGCCGAAAAUUUAAACCAAAGACUGCAUGGGCUCUAAAAAUUUCAAAGAAUGCUUGCCAUGUUUAAAGAAAUUUGUUUUUAAUCCUGUAAGACUGUAACUACUACUUAUUUAUUGCUUUACCAGUCUUAAAGCCGUAUUGCUUCACACGACAACACUGUAUUAAAGACAGUCACAAGGGACAAAUUUUGUUAUUUUUCCCCAUUUAUUGUAAUUUUUUUCAGAAAAAUUUGCGCCCUAAAUCCAAGUUCUCAAUUUCCACCUCUGGUGUGCUAAAAUAAAGUUUGAAACGUCCUGAGGAAUCAUGUUAUAAGAACAUUCUCUCUCUGCUUCAGGUGCAUCAAAGAAUCCAUACGGGGGAACGGCCUUACGAGUGUAACCAAUGUGACAGGAAGUUUGCUCAACUGGGAAACUUGAAGAGACACAAGAAGACUCACUCCGGUGUAAAACCAUUUACAUGUGAAUUUUGUCAGAAAGCCUUCAACCGACCCGAUCUUCUUAAAUCUCACGAAAACAGUCACUCGGAGAAUGGCUUUCCGUGCGACCAGUGCUCAGAAGUAUUUACGCUGUCUAAAGAUCUGAAAGACCACAAGAAAAGCGCUCAUCCACUAGCCAAUCUAGCUGGAAUUCCAUGCGAUGAAUGCAACGAAAUCUUCUCAAUGCCUAAAGAAUUGAAAGCCCAUAAAAAGGCGGCUCACCCGGAGACAAAAUGUAAGCAGUGUAAGGCGGAGUUUCCAGAUGCAGCGGCGUUGGAGAAGCAUGCGCAAACACACCUCAGGGAAAAGCCGUAUAAAUGUGCUAUUUGUGAGAAGAGCUUCAGUGAUCCGGAAGGUCUGAUACGUCAUGUUACUACGCACACGAAGACCAAGAAAGAACACCGUUGUGACAUGUGCGAUAAGGUUUGUAAACUUCAAUAACUUUUAAUUCGACUUCCCUGACUAGCUGGUUAAAUUAAUGAGUGAAACAAUUACCUGGACGGGAAAUGUAAAACGCGGAUCUUUGUAAGAUGCCCGAACAAUGCACAAACUAUCUAAAAAAUAGGCACUCAAAGAGUGCAUAAGGAUUUGCGCAUCUAUUAUUUUCUCCAUUGUGUUAAAAUUUCUCGUCAUUAGAUGUUUUCUUGCAUCUUUUUUAGUCAUUUAUGCUUGAUGUCCGCAGUGCAUUCUUCUAAAAUGUACACGGAGUUAUUUGUUCCCAAAAGGGAAUUUUUGCUUUCCCGAAGGAAAGUAUUCUGUAAGUUUUAGUCUACAAAAUGUUCUGUACUGCAGAAAAACUGUCAUAGUCCACCACAUGUUUGUGUUUCUGGCACUGACAAUACGCGAACGUAUUGACAAUUUUAAAUUCAACAGAAUGCAUUAUGACUUUAUCCAUUCUUUGAUCCAUUGUAAUUGCAAAACCCAAUUCCUGAACGUUUCUAACCAAUUCCUGAACGUUUCUAACCAAUUCCUGAACGUACAACAUAUUUAAAAUCUUCAAUACAACUAGAAAUGUUGAAGAUAUUUUAGCUUUUUUUAAUUAAAAGCAAACUUUUGGACUACAACCGUACAAAUUUGUUUCAAUGUUUCCGCAACAAGCAAUUACAUUUCCAAUGAAUACGAAUGAAAAAUGGAACAAAUACAGUUUUCUUAAUGGAAACACCACCUUUUAUUUUAUAUUAAAUUUAAACUCCGCUCCGGCUUGAGUUGAACGAAGACCUUUUCCACUCCUAUUUCUAGCACAAAACAGUCAUAUAUUCCUUCGUUUAGCUCAAAAUUAGUGGUAAAAUGUUUAGUCGUUGGUGUAUUUUACGAAAAUAAGCGGGUUAUUUGCCCGAAAGAUCGCGAAUAUAACGACAAACAGUAAUGGCAGAUAAUAGCUUCCAGCGGUUCACGAAUACUCGACUCGGAACUCGACGUCAAUUAUCGUACGUCAUUCGUGUUACUAUCUAUCUAUCUAUCUUACAUCUUACAAACCCGAUGACAAAGGAUUUUGCUUCGCAAAUCCUUAAAAAUAUGCAAAGAACUUUGACGUUUUGAGCUAAGCCUAAGACCCUUCUUAUGAAUUUGUUACCUACGAACUCAGGUAAGUUUCGAAACGUGAAAUUUGUCUUUCAGGUAAUAAGAUCCUUCAUUCUAGGAAUUAUGAUUUCUUUACGAUGAUGUGUUUUUGAUGAGUAAGUUAUACCUGCAUCGUUGUUUCUUUUCCUAGACGUUCGAUCAAGCUGGUUCCUUGAAACAACACAUGCGCAAACACACAGGAGAGAAGCCUUUUUCUUGUGAAGUUUGUGGACGGUGUUUUAGUCAAGUCGGGAAUAUGAUUCGACACAAGAAACGACAUUCUGAUAAUACACCUCAUACUUGUGGCGUCUGUGAAAAGACCUUUAAACGUAUUGAUCAUUUGCAAGCUCAUCAAAAAACGCACCCUGAGGAUGCCCUAGAAACGAAUCCAACAAUUUCAAAUAAUGAAACGAGUCAAACUGGUCAAACGACUCAGGGUGGUGAAGUUCGUGAUGAUAGUCAGACGGAUGAAUCCAGUCAAGCGGGUGAAACCGGUAUCGCGGAUGAAGAGAGUCAAGUUGGUAAAAAUAGUGAAGCCAUUCAAACUGGCGAGACAACUCAAACAGGUCUAACGAGUCAGGCUGGUCAAGUUGGUAAUGUUAGUCAGACGGACGAAAGCGGCAUCGCUGAUGAAGCGAGUCAAACUAGUCAAGUUGAUGAAACGAGUGACGCUGGCAAAACUGACGAAGCAAGUCAAACUCAUCAAGUCGAUGAAGCAAUUGAGAUGGAUGAAACCAGUCAAACUAGUGAUGUUGGCGAAGCAAGUCAAUCGGAUGAAACCAGUCGCGCAGAAAAUGAAAAUCAAACAGCUCAAGUGAAUCAAACAAAUCAUACCAUUGAAACGAGUCAAACUGGUCAAAUUGAUGAAUCAGGUGGAACACAUCAUGGUGAUCAAAUUAUUCCAACUAGUGAAGCCGGUCGAACGGAUGAACCGAUGCAAACCGAUGAAAUAGUUCAAACAGCGAGUGAUGUUAUUCAUAUUGAACAGAUUGGUGACACGGUCCGACCCGCUGAAAUGGAUCCGACUGCCGACACCGGUGAAACAAGUGAAGUCACAGAAACCAACCAAUUUCCUGAAACGUCCCAAUUUGUUCUUAUAACCGAACUUGGCCAAGCCAGUUUGCUUGCCCAUGCUGGACAAUUCGUUCCAGUCGGUCAAAUUUCCCAAGCAGAUGAAAACGACCAAGUCAAUCAAACCUCUACAAUAAUUGCCGAAGCGCUCGUUGGUUUAACCCAAGUCGGCCAAACCGAAAGUGAAAGUAAUGGCGGCAUCCAAGCUAGUGUCAGUCCAUUCAAAAACACUCCACCAAAAACCAUGCGCAAGAAGCCACAUCCAUGUGGUCAAUGUGAUAAAUGGUUCGAGCAACCUAGUGCCUUGAAGCUUCAUGAGAGAGUACAUACGGGGGAACGACCGUACCAAUGUGAGCAGUGCGAUAAAAAAUUUGCCCAACAUGGAAACAUGGUGAGGCAUCUGAGAACCCAUAGUGGGGCGAGGCCGUUCAAGUGCCAAGGUUGUGAAAUGACCUUCGCUCGUAAGGAUUUCUUAAAACUCCACGAGAGCAAGUGCCAGGCUGCAGAGGCAACUGUAGAAACUGUUUAAUAUGUUUAAGUGUGAAAGUUGGAUUUUGAAAGAGUCGUCUUUACUUCCUAGACUUGUUGGUCUGUAAAGUACGAACUAACAUGUUCUAGCCUCCUCCGCAGGCAUCUCAUGUACAUAGAAUCUUUUAAAACUCCUCAACGAAAGACUUUGACUCGUGUAUGUAUAUGUGAACUAGUCAUACAAAAAAAAUGCACUUUCUAGUUUGUAAAAUGUGGGCUGACAUAAACAUACUGUCGUACUUGUUUAUUUGCCGUCAUCAUUGGUGUCUUCGGCCUGUUCAAACGUCGCUCUUUUCAUGUGCCGAAUGCAUUAGAAACCAUGGGUAAUACACUCUUCCGGAAAGUACGUCACUUUGGCUAUAGAGCCUCGUUUUCGUGUAUGUGACAUCAGUUAAAGUCCACGUCUCAAUCACGAAAACGAGGCUCUAUAGCCAAGGUGACGUACUUUCCGGAAGCGUGUAGUAAUGAGGAAUUUCAGCUGAUUAUCUAUUGUUUUUAAUGCGUUUGGCACAUGAGAAGCGCGACGUUUGAAACAGGCCUCCGUCUACCAUAGUUUGCAUUCAACUAUUAACGCUUGCAUGCAUGCAUGUAUGUAUUAAUACAUACUGUAUUUGGUUUGUGUAUAAAUUUACAAUGUAACAUGUUUCGACAUUUAAAUUAAUACACCCUUUUGGAAAAUACAUCACCUUGGCUAUAAAGCCUCGUUUUCGUGACAUUAGUUAGAGCUCUGAGUUAGAGCCAAGCGUCGCAGUCACGAGAGCUAGACUUUGUAACCAUGGUGACAUACUUUCCGGAAGCGUAUAUAUUGCGUCUGUACGCUGGUUUACUUGUAGUGUCGAGUUUAUACCGCAAGGCAAAGGAGAAUUAGUCUGUUGUAUUGAUAUUAUAUGUUCCAAUUUUACAAUAUAUUCUGUAUGUUUGAUGAAAUGUGUUCCAA